AAAGACAAUGGCAUUUCUGCAAUUUUGAUGAAAGCCAAGGGUACUUAUGAAAGGCAAGUUUGGUAAUUUUUGGCAAAGUAGAAGGGCAAAUAUUUGGCAUCACAACUAUAUGAACCCCACUCACACAGCUUUUCUAUGACACCACCAUCCAGUGUAUCCACAUCUCAUAGAAAAUCUUCUUUACAAGCAUAGUAUCGUUUUGUUUUCUCAGAAAGAAAAUUGUUUAGAGAGAAAGAAACUAAGUUUUUAUAUUCAGAGAAAAAAUGUCACUAGUAACAGAAGAGAUCAGGGCCAAAGCUGAGAUAUACCGUGGAGAUGAAAUCUGCCAAGAAAAGUCCAAGUUUCUACUAAACGAGAUAUUUCUUCCAAAUGGGCUGUUGCCAUUGAAGGAAAUUGAGGAAUGCGGUUAUGUGAAAGAGACUGGCUUUGUUUGGCUAAAGCAGAAAAAGAGUGUUACCCACAAGUUCGAGAAGAUUGGGAAGCUGGUUUCUUAUGCCAAUGAGGUCACAGCCAUUGCCGAGCCUCACAGGAUCAGGAAGCUCACUGGGGUCAAGACCAAGGAGCUUCUGGUUUGGAUUACACUCAGUGACAUCUAUGUGGAUGACCCUCCAACUGGGAAGAUCACUUUCAAGACCCCUUCAGGGCUCUCUAGGAGUUUUCCUGUCUCAGCUUUCCAGGUCGAAGAAGAGGCCAAGGAAAAGAAAGAUGCCAAGGAGAACAAAGAGGCCAAGGAGAACAAGGACGUGAAUGGAGUCGUUGCUCCUGUUCAGGUCAAGGAGGUUUAGGAACUCUUUAAGAUAAGUUAAGAGGACUUGUAGUAUAGCCUACUACCAAUCUUUGUUGUUUGUUCUUUUGGUUUUUGUUGUUCUUUUCAUGUUUUUCUACUGCCACUGCUACUGCUUUCGAUUCCCUUUACUAGUGUUUUUACUUAUAAUGAAAUAAAGUUUUAGUUUACUGAA